UGCAGCCCGGCAGGUCUAUUACAACCGACGCACGCACUGGACACGGAAGCCCCCUCGACUGGACGCAUAUUACACAUCUGUCCCUUAGAAGAUGGUGCGAAAACUCAAAUUUCACGAACGGAAGUUAUUAAAAAAAUUUGAUUUUAUCAACUGGGAGUGCGACAACAAUUUACAUGAGGUGAAGAUUAUGAAGCGAUUUCAUUUACAAAAACGUGAGGACUACACUCUAUCUAUGGAGGACUACAUUACAUGGGCACCCCAGUCCAAGAUCCGGAAACGCAUCGCAGAAUACAACGAUAUGCGUGAUGACUACGAAGAUGUUUGACCGGACCACACUCAUUCUGGCGAUUUCUCGUUAAGCCUUUGUUGCAUUGUAAAUACAGUACAUCAUGCAAUCA